AUGGGUUGCGACGGCCAUGGCAAUCUCAGCGACGCAGAGCUGAGCAAGCCUUUGCCUUGGAUAGGUCUCUACGUCGCUGCUGCUUCCCUCAUCUGUGGACUUUCCAUGUUUGCCGAUCUUCUUCGCGGCUUCCGCCACCGCAAGUUCUGGUUCCCCAACAAUUCCUUCUCUCUCAACGCCACCUCUCUCACCUUCAUCUCCGUCUGCGUCAAACUCUCCGUCGACCUCAACACGUCCAUGCCCAGUCGCCAGGACCAGCUCGCUAAACUCAGCAGCAACGUCUUCGUCUGCACCGUCAUGGCCAACUCCAUGCCUUCUCUUGGCCACAUGCUCACUCAAGACCUCCUCAUAAACCUCGUGGCUCUUGGGAUUCUCGUCGUCACCGAUCUUGUCAACAUCUGUAUCCAGCUGGGUACAGGAGCCAUCUACGUUUUCCCUCAAGAACACGCUUUCGUCAUCGUUCUAACGCUUCUCAUGUUUAUCAUCUUGAGCUUCUCUGCUAUCACUGUCCCCACCACAAAGCGUUUCUUAGAGUUGAGGUACAAGAAGAAGUACGAGCUCGCUUUGAAGCAGUGUCCUAGUUCUUAUGCAGAGAGAAGAGGAGGUGUUUCUGAGCUUAAAGAAGAUCUCAUGAAGUUCUGGAUGAUGGCUCACACCUCUAGCCCCCAGUUCGUGAUGGCUCGCUCUGUCACUUGCACCACCUCUGGAUUCCUCUGUUUUCUCAGUGCCGUUACCUUAGCUGAAGCCAUGCUCCGGUCUUACUUUCUAACACCCGGGUCACUUGGGUUCUGCAAUGGAGACUCCGAUUACAAAUGGUCAACCACUUUGGUUCUAGUCUCCCAAUCAGCUGCGGUAGCCAUAGGGACGGUUGCUCCGGCGAGCAGAUGGUUUAGUGCGGUGAGGUUGAGGUGUCCAUCAGGAGCAGAUAAAUCUUUGAAAGAUGAGUUGAGAGUAGAGAGUUACUGGGUGGAGUGUCUCUCAGCCAAGAAAGAACGUCCCUUGAAGAUUUGGAUGUUCCAUGGUCGCCGCAGCAGGAAGCUUGCACACGACUUAAACCGAUGCAUACUUGAUCUCUGCAUGGCAACACAGUAUGGUAUAGUGUUGGUAAGCAAGUUUCUCCGCUUCAUCGCGGUCUACUGUGUGAGUAGGAUUUUGCUUUGUUGCUGUUUCACAUUGAGAAGAACAAGCUGGAUAGCAAACGCUGAGUCUUCGGGAUCAAAUCCAUCAACGAGACAAUUUGUUCUGCAUCUUGAAGGAGAGGAAGAGCUGGUUGAUUAUAUGGCACGGAGCAACCGCGAGGCCACAAACCACUUGAUACAAAAGGGUAGGAAGAAACAACCCUUAAGCUUGAUAGAGCUCUUGGAGGCAACAAAUCCCAUCUCAAAAGGAUUUGAAGGGAUUAGAGAUUUCGACAGCGACGAGGUGGCUUCUCUGACCUCUGGAGAGCCACCUAAUUGCUGGGCUCUUCCACUGGUAACACUGGCGAGUAUCGCUGUUUCACUUCCUAACGUCAAGGCUUGCUCGGUGAAGAAGCUAGUGAAGGCUGUAAACGAGGCAUUGGUGUAUAUAAACAAGUUUGAAGAUGUCUUAGACAUUGGAGGAGAGUUAGCUAACAGCAGAAAAGCCGCGGAGGUAGUCUGGUUAGGGGUUGAUCUCUACCAUAAGUGGCUCAACGUGGAUCUCCGAAAGCUAUCGAGGCAACAGAGAACAAAACCACAAGAAGUGUUUAAAGAGCUGGCGGAUAUGGCGAAGAAAGAGUUUAGCGAGUCGUGGGAGAAGAACAUGAUAAAGCAUAAGCCGUCGGGCUGGCCCAUCAAGACUCUGGCAGCAAACUCGAUGUACAGAACCAGCCAAACCCUUUGGAACAAGUACGAAGCAAGAGAGAUUGGAAGAGAGGAGGAGACGCUGUUGAAAGAGGUGGAGAGGAUGGUAUCGGACAUAAUAGCAGGGUGCUUUUGCAACACGGCGAGAGUGGUAGGAAUGAAGUGUUUGGUGACGGCUGUGGAAGUGAGGGAAGCGUCGGUGAGAGAGGCGGCAAUGCAUCUGGGGAGAACAGAGAAGAUACUUGAGAUCGUGGACAGGAGAAGCAUGCCUGAAAUGUCACACCAGAAAGUGGCAAACAUUGAUGGAUGGAGAGAGUUUUAUAGGAACAACAAAUGCAUCCCUUUCACUGCACAUCCUUCGUCUCAGUGUACCACUGGUCAGCUCAUUCUCACCAUAGAGUAG